UGCGCCGCACUGUGCGCCCACACCCACCCUGCCCUGCUUGCUGCUCCGAGCCGCAGAGAGACCGACGCAGAACGGAGGCUGACUGUGAAGCUCUGUGCAGCCUCAGCGACCGGAAACACCCCCCAUCAGCACCAGCCCCCCAUCAGGACCAGCCCGUCUCCUCUGUAGGCUGAGGCUGCUGCUGACACCAUCUAUGAUUGUUUACUGAGCAUCAUCUGGUACCAUGAGCAGCAGCACAGUUUUUCAGCAGCAGGCUGUCCCCGGGCCUCUGGAGCAGCAGAAGGCGAAGCAGGGAGGAGGAGGAGGAAUGGGGCCGGUGGCCUGUCAGAACUGCGGGAAGCCCUGUAAAGGAGAGGCUCUCCGGGUUCAGAACAAACACUUUCACAUCAAUUGUUUCGCAUGCAAAGUGUGCGGCUGUGAACUCGCCCAGGGAGGGUUUUUUGUGCGUCAGGGUGAAUACAUCUGUACUCUGGACUACCAGCGGCUGUAUGGCACUCGCUGCUUCAGCUGCCAGGACUUUAUUGAGGGGGAGGUGGUGUCCGCUCUGGGAAAGACCUACCAUCCUCGCUGCUUCGUCUGCUCCUCAUGCAAACAGCCUUUCCCAGCCGGUGACCGGGUGACAUUUAAUGGGAAGGAGUGCAUCUGCCAAAAGUGUUCCCAGCCCCUCCCUGCCAACAGCCCUGCACCCAUACAGGCUGUCCAUAACUGCUGUGGCUGUGGGAAGGAGUUUAAGAAUGAACAGUCUCUGGUAGCACUGAACAAGCACUGGCACCUGGGUUGCUUCAAGUGUAAAGUGUGCAACAAGGUGCUCAAUGCUGAGUACAUCAGCAAGGAUGGGAUCCCCUACUGUGAGAUGGAUUACCACGCCAUGUUUGGGAUCGUGUGUGAGAGUUGUAAGAAGUACAUCACUGGGAAAGUCUUGGAGGCUGGAGAGAAGCAUUACCACCCCACAUGUGCCCGGUGCGCCCGCUGUGAGCAGAUGUUUGCAGAAGGAGAGGAAAUGUAUCUGCAAGGAUCGUCCAUUUGGCAUCCCCCAUGCAGACAAGCAGCCAAGCAGGAGGAGAAGAGUAAGAAGCAGGUCCGGAUACAGCUCAGUGAUGUUCCUGAGCAGCAGGUGACUCGGACGUCUUCUGAAAGCAUCACUUCAGUCCCUGCUUCCAGCACCUCCGGCUCUCCCAACAGAGUCAUCUAUGCCAAACUGGGAGAGGAGAUGUUGGACUACAAGGACCUGGCAGCCCUCCCAAAAACCAAAGCUAUCUAUAACAUCGACAGGCCCGACAUGUUGUCCUACUCUCCUUAUGUCAGCUACCCAUCUGAGGAGAGGCACUACGGGGAGUCCCCCCAGCUGCUUUCUCCUACUCCUACUGAGGGCGAAGGGGAGCGGUCACCCCGUCAGCGGAGGCCCUCGAGCCCUAGCUCCAAUAGCUCUUUAGGGGGCUAUGGACGGUACACCCCAUCUCGUUCACCUCAGAACUACAGCCGAGCAGAUGGACAUCCAGAACCAGAGGUAUACCUUGGUGGUAAAAACAACAGUCUAAUCCGUGACUCCAGUUCUCUCCUUCCACCCAUAAGCCACUCGGGUGGUGCUAAGUUCCCCUGCACCUUGGCCACAGAUUCGUCCUCUCUCCCUGUGUAUUAUUCCAUGGGGGCUGAAGGGAGUGGUGGUGGCGGUAUUGGCAAGUUCUCACCCACACCAUCAGGUGUCAGUGCAGGCUUGUCUUUACAGCUGAACCCCACUACCCUGGCCCUGCUGCAGCAGCACAACUACAUCCCUUAUUUCAGAGGUAGUGAAAGUGGUCGGAGUACCCCCAGCUUAUCCACCUUUUCGGAUGGAAAAUCCCCCUCGUCUGCUUCUACAUACAUGGCUGCUCCUCGACAUUUCCACAUACCAGAGACUAUGGUCAAAGAUAAUCUCUAUAGAAAACCCCCCAUCUACAGACAGCAUGCUUCUAGAACAUCCUGGCAGGAUGGUGAGGAUAGCAAGAGGACAACUUGGAUGAUCUUAAAAGGUGAGAUUGAUGGUCAUAUGGCUCCAGAGGACCUGGAUCCGCGCAAAUCCACCUGCAGUCUGCCCACUGACACAUCACAGCCAAAUUUCCCCUACAAUAAGUCUGCUUCUUUACCAGGCUAUGGAAGGAACGGCAUCUACAAGGCUGCAGAGAUGGUCGAAGAUGAAGUGGACCCAGACUCCCAAAGCUGGGGGUGCAUGAGAGAGUACAAGGUGUACCCGUAUGAAGUGCUGGCUGUGACGCACAGAGUGAAAGUAAAACUUCCCAGAGAUGUGGACCGCACCAGACUGGAGAGACACCUCUCUCCAGAGGAGUUCCAGCAGGUUUUCAGUAUGACCUUGGAGCAGUUUGACCGCCUGGCCCUGUGGAAGAAAAAUGACUUGAAGAAGGCGGCCCGCCUUUUUUAAAUAUUUAAAGUAUUGCUGCAACAUCUCAACAACAAUCUGGGAGGAAACAGAACAAAAUAUGCCACUUGAUUCAUCUGUGUAUCUUCAUGAUACCAACCGUUUCUGUCAGUAAAACAUCUGCCCGUGACGCUGCAGAGAGGCAUCAUUUGUGGGAUUAUUCACAACAUUUGGACAGUGGUGUAGCUUCAUAAGUCCAGUUUGGUCUGAAUGUUUGACCGACAACCUCAGAACAGGAUGAGGAGCUGCAUUUGCAUGGCCCGUGUUUCUGCUCCUUGUCUCCCAUGAGGUUCUGCAUCAGCCUGAUUCUCAUCCCAACACUUCCAUAAAUCCGACUAAAAAAUAAACUGCUUUUCUAUAAA